AUGCUCAAAACAAAAUCAUCUUCCUUAUAAAUAACGAAUUUUUUUAUGGUUUUGCUUCGUUCCUCUUUCAAUGGCUUUUGGUUUCUGAGGAAGGCGAGUUCGAAAUUCUCAGUCUCCUUUACGUUUUGGAUGAGUUGUGUUCUCUGGAACAGUUUGGUAGUAAACAUUUAGGAAGGAAUGGAUCCGACAGCUGUCGUGAAAGAUGCUUUUGAUCGAGUUACUAAGAAACAGAAGCUGUAUCACUCUGUAUCGCUAGAUGUUAUCGACCUAGUUUGUGAAGGAAUCCAAGAUACGUUGAGGCGAAUCCAAUUAGAGGAAGAUGGGGUAGAACCUGAAUUGGUUCUUGCUGAGUUGAGGCGUAAGCUUGAUGCUAUUUACCCUAUUAUCCAGCUUAAGAAAUCACACAAGGAAACCAAAGGGAGUCUUAGCAAGUUGGUGAAAGUUUUGGAGACUUGUUAUCAUCCUGACAUAUCUCUAGCCUGUAGAACCAUUGGUUUCGAUAUCGCUUUGGUGAAUAAGAUACUUAUCCAGCAUUGUUACCGAGAAGGGCUCUUCGAGGUUGGUGAUUGCCUGGUCAAGGAGGCUGGAGGUGAGGAAGAAGCUGAGGUUAGAUCUCAGUCAUUUGAAAUCAAGGAGAUUAUCGAGUCAAUGAAGCUGAGGAACAUUGAGCCUGCAAUGAGAUGGAUCUCUGCCAACAGUGGAAAGCUGAAGGAAAUGGGUUCGAAGCUGGAGUUUAAUGUCGUAACUUUGAAGUACUGUGAUAUGUUGAGAGAAGGAAAGCGUGAUGAUGCUAUGAAGUAUGCGAGAACCCAUUUCCCGCGAUACGGCUCACUCCAUGUACGAGAGAUACAAAAGCUUAUGACUUGUCAGAUAUGGAUUGGAGAACUUGACAAGAGUCCUUACGCAGAGAUUGUAUCUCCAUCAUGUUGGGACAAGGUAACCAAAGAGCUACUCAGGGAAUACUACCAUCUCCAUGAUCAGCCAUCAAAAUCCCCGUUGGCAGUCGCUUUAUCCGCAGGUUUAGAGAGCUUACCGACACUUUUAAAGCUGGUAGAUGUAAUGGCUUUGAAGAAAGAAGAAUGGGAAGCCAUGGAGCAUCUCCCGGUACCUUUGGAGCUGGGGAAAGAGUAUCAGUAUCACUCGGUUUUUGUUUGUUCAGUGAGCAGAGAUGAGAGCAGCAAAGAAAACCCGCCAAUGAUGAUGAUGCCUUGCCGUCAUGUUAUUAGCAAGAAGUCAAUGACGAGACUCAGCAAGAACUGUAGUGACCGCAGAUUCAAAUGCCCUUAUUGCCCUGCAACGACUUCAUCCCAAGCAUGCAGACAAUUAUUCUUUUGAAAAGAUUUGGUGAUUUUGCUCAGAUAUUUCAUGACUUGUUCAGCUCAAUAAGUAGAUGUGGAAAAAAGACACUUCACAAUCUGUUACAAGAUCUUGUUCUCUCUUAAGUUAGAACAAUCCAUAAUCUAUGUCGCAGUUUGUAGUUGCUUAUUCUUUUUUAUUUUUCACCUGAAUCCGAGAAGAUAACAAGUGAAUGAUUCAUGAUUGGGA